AUGACGUACAUUGCCUGCCAGUAUAACAGUAGCAGUUCGUCAAAAGUCAUGAUGCGAUUCUGGAAUGCCUUGGUCCCAAUUAGUCUACUUCCUAUCGUUGCAGCUCAUUUCCACCUUGGAGUAGUGACUCACGAGCCUGUCCCUCCUGAGAUUCAGGGUAGAUUAGGGAUAGCGUUUGUCCCAUCAAACAACGACACCUGCAAUGGCUUAGUGUUCGACGACAACAACCUCAUCCCAUUUGGGGCCCCACUGUCCAUCACCCUAUGUGAUGUUCAUGUUGAGGUUUACCCCAACCUCACCGGGUGGAGGACCUCCGACGCUAGCGGACUGUGUACCCGAAUUGCUCAGGAUCAAGCCUCCAUCGGCGUGGGUGUAUACUUCGGAAUUCAGGAAUUGUUCCUAGUCAGCUUAGAAUAUCAUUACAUCAAGGGAUUAGUGGAUGUUCUGUGGUGA